UCCCGCGCUUCCGCCUCCGGGGCGGAGACUCCUCCCCUCGUAGUCCCAGUUGUGUUCCCUAGAAGAGCAGCCGGGACCGGCAAGAAGCCGGGACCUCCCCCUCGUUCCAGGAAUUGCGGCGCAGUGGGCACUUCAGCCCUGGAGGCUGCGAGCCCCACACGGGUGCAGGCGGCUGCGCGGCUUCAGCACCACGGACAGCGCUCCGCCCGCAGCCCGGGUGUUGGCGAGGCUCCGCGUUAUGCUGGCGGCAUGGCCCGGCGCUCCAACUCUAUGGCGCUGCUGUUCAGCUUCGGCCUCUUUUGGCUGUGCUCAGGGGUUUUGGGUACUGACACAGAGGAGCGGCUAGUGGAGCAUCUCCUGGAUCCCUCCCGCUAUAACAAGCUGAUCCGUCCAGCUACUAACGGCUCUGAGCUGGUGACCGUACAGCUAAUGGUAUCAUUGGCUCAGCUCAUCAGUGUGCACGAGCGGGAGCAGAUCAUGACCACCAACGUCUGGCUGACCCAGGAGUGGGAAGAUUAUCGCCUCACAUGGAAGCCUGAGGAUUUCGACAAUAUGAAGAAAGUCCGGCUCCCUUCCAAGCACAUCUGGCUCCCAGAUGUGGUUCUAUACAACAAUGCUGACGGCAUGUACGAAGUCUCCUUCUAUUCCAAUGCUGUGGUCUCCUAUGAUGGCAGCAUCUUUUGGCUACCACCUGCCAUCUACAAGAGUGCAUGCAAGAUUGAGGUGAAGCACUUCCCAUUUGACCAGCAGAACUGCACCAUGAAGUUCCGCUCAUGGACCUAUGACCGCACUGAGAUUGACCUGGUGCUCAAAAGCGAUGUGGCCAGCCUGGACGACUUCACACCCAGUGGGGAGUGGGACAUCAUCGCACUGCCAGGCCGACGCAACGAGAACCCAGACGACUCCACCUACGUGGACAUCACCUAUGACUUCAUCAUUCGUCGCAAACCACUCUUCUACACCAUCAACCUCAUCAUCCCCUGUGUACUCAUCACCUCGCUGGCCAUCCUGGUCUUCUACCUGCCCUCAGACUGUGGUGAAAAGAUGACACUUUGCAUUUCUGUGCUGCUGGCGCUCACCGUGUUCCUGCUGCUCAUCUCCAAGAUUGUGCCUCCCACCUCCCUCGACGUACCGCUGGUGGGAAAGUACCUCAUGUUCACCAUGGUGCUAGUCACCUUCUCUAUCGUCACCAGCGUGUGUGUGCUCAAUGUGCACCACCGCUCGCCUACCACGCACACCAUGGCACCCUGGGUCAAGGUGGUCUUCCUGGAGAAGCUGCCCACCCUGCUCUUCCUGCAGCAGCCACGCCACCGCUGUGCCCGCCAGCGCCUGCGCUUGCGAAGGCGCCAGCGGGAGCGUGAGGGCGCAGGCGCGCUAUUCUUCCGUGAAGGCCCUGCGGCUGACCCAUGUACCUGCUUUGUCAACCCCGCAUCAGUGCAGGGCUUGGCUGGGGCUUUCCAAGCUGAGCCCACUGCAGCCGGCCCGGGGCGCUCGGUGGGCCCAUGCAGCUGUGGCCUCCGGGAAGCAGUGGACGGAGUACGCUUCAUUGCGGACCAUAUGCGAAGUGAGGAUGACGACCAGAGUGUGAGGGAGGACUGGAAAUAUGUUGCCAUGGUGAUCGACCGCCUGUUCCUCUGGAUCUUUGUCUUUGUCUGUGUCUUUGGGACCAUCGGCAUGUUCCUGCAGCCUCUGUUCCAGAACUACACUGCCACUACCUUCCUCCACCCCGACCACUCUGCUCCCAGCUCCAAGUGAGGUCUCAACUCAUUUGCAGCUUCUCACCCUGUGACCCCUGGGGUUCAGUAGUAUUGGGUGGAAGAUGGAUCUAUCCCCACUCCACUGAAGCCUGCUUCACACCUCCAUUCACACACAGCCCGGAGGCUGGACCAGCUGCCUCAUGUUCAAGCGUUCUCCUUCCCCUUCUGAACUUAUUCAGGCAGUAGUGUUAAUGGUGGGGGCCAAGGCUGGUAAGUAGAGGCCAGAGAUCUCAGAGCCACCUACCCCGAUGAGGGUGCUGGAGAAGGGGCCAAGAGAGGGACAGAGUUAUCUAUGGUCUCCAAGUCAUGGGAGAAGAAGAGGCAGGAUGAGGGGCUCAGAUUCUGCAGCCGGGCUGACAAAGAGGUGUCUUCUGAGAAAGAAGGUGCAGGGUCCAGCUAGUAAUUGGCACCCACCCACUUAAGUGGAUAACACUGGUCUGGACGACUUGCAGUUUUAGGGAGUCCUCUUGGGAGCUUCUACAGUCUCCUGGGAAGUUUCAAUGCAGCUCCACAGCCUGUGCCUCAGAGGGCUCCAGAACCCAGCUUCAGCCUCUGCCAGUGCAGAAUUCUCUGUACCUCUAGAUUUUCCUCUCUUUCCUUUCGCAUUUGGGAAAGGUAAGGUGUUGGGGGAACCUUUGAAGGUCCUGAGUUAGGUGAGAAAGUCUAGGCUCAGAAGACCAUGCACAGUGCUGGAUUUCAGUGGGAGCCAUGUUACAGAGCAGGCCUGAAUUCAGAAGGUGGGGCCCCUUCCUCCUUGCCCCAAGGCCACAGACUGCUUAAAGGACAUAAGUGACAGACAUCUGAACUGUGCCUCAGUGCAUUCUCCAGCUGUCAGAUGAACUCACGGGCCUCUGCUUGGUGACUGGAGAGACAGUCCUCCUAUUAGAAUAGGAAAUUAAAGGUUGCCUGUAUAAGGCCUCCCUCCAAACCCCAUAGACUUCCAGUCCCAGAGAAAGCACCCAGAAGUCAUAAGCAGCACCUGGUUAGUUAUUGCCCCUCUGGAGGGUAAGCACCAGUGUUGGUUUUCCAGGCUCUGUGAGACCCUACCGGCUACUGCUAGGAUCACCCUUGACUUUACUACCUCCUGUAACUGGCUGUUGUCCAAUUUAGUCACCAGCCUGGACUGGAAAGAUCAGCGAACAGUUUGUCCGACUCCUUUCCAUGUCCUGUUGAACAUAUCAGGCAAAUAGUGCCCAUCUUAGAACCUGCUUCCAGCAUUUACACUGUGGGAAUAGAGGUAGGCAGGGCUGUGAUGAGUGAAAGGGACCCUAGCGUGCGGAGAAUCAUGGGACAGUGCUGUUUUUGCCAUUUUUAGUGCAGCCUUUGGAGGAAGACUGCAAUGGAGGAGGGGUGGUAGGAGGCUAUCAUGUGUCAGGACAGUGUGAACCCUAAAGAACACUGGGAGGUUUUGGGGAAACUCAGUCCCUACCACUCUGGAGCCUUCUGUCUCUAUCCGUGUGUCCUCCUACAUGGAGCUGUCUCUAGAGAGAAUCAGGUACCUGGUGUGGUGAGCCUAGAUAGGAACCUGGGACAGGGUGGCAUGGGAAUGGCAUCAGUGACUACGCUCUAGUAACUUGGCAGGCACCUUUGUCUGGGAGGAUGGCCUACAGACUCCCUGCCUCUGUGGAGACCAGCAAGUCUGGAGCAGCUGGUGCCGAGAGUGCAGAAAGCUGAGAACACACAGGACACAGGACCCUCCCGAUGGUUCUUUUUGGGGAAGACUGAAGGGGAAGGAAAGGACUUUCUUGUAAGGAACAAGGACAAUGGUGGCCCGGCCACUGUACCUAUGCUCUGAGGCUCACAGUCCUGCAGGGAAGCUCUUGAGACCAGAGCAACAGCAGAGGGAGCAAGUCUUCCCAUGGUACCUGCUCCUUGCCUGUCACCAAGGCCUUUGGGCAGGCGGGAGAUUUCCUAGGGAGGAAAGCAAAGCCCUUUUAGAGCCUUCUCUGAAUUGUUCCCCAAGAAGAGUGACAGGUCUUCCUGAUGUUACCUUCUGCCUUCUGCUUCUGUUGAGCUCCACAUGCAUUGGCUACCUUCCCACUCACCAACUGGUCAGAACAAGUGUCACUAAUUAUCCCAUCGUGUCUGAGAAGUCUGUCAGUGUGCUGGUCACUUGCUUUCCAAGGGACUAGCAGUUUGGGAACUGGUAGGACACCUCACCCACCCACUUUCAGUGCCCUGUCCUAGGCACACCCUUGUCUCCAUUCCUGGAAUAUUUUCCAUGGUCCACCCCCACUGAACUUACUCCCCCAUAGCUGGACUUAUUUCUCUUAAAAUUGUUUCCAAAUAUGUCAUGUUACUUUGUUCUGUUUGGGGUAGGGGACUAACCCUUCCAGAUCAGAUUGGCAGAUAUAGAAGGGGAGAAUGCUGGAGAAUCUCCACUCAAGGGAGGGUAAAGCAAAAGUCAGCAAGGGUGAAGGGCAGUGUGUACUGCCCAGUCAGUGUUAUCUCCUUCUCCUAUUUGAUGCAAAAGAAAUGGCAAGGUGGCAAGACCAAGAAGGGACCUCUGGGGAAGACUCUCUAUAAGGAGCCACGAGGGGCGGGGUGGGCUUGGGUUUCCUCUCCAGUCUGGGUUCUAAAAUAUCCAGGCUUCAGUCAGCUGGGAGACGCCCACAGCAUAGGCUUGAUCUGUGCUCAGAUCCUGGGAUCAGAGUGAAUUUGUGGGUGAGCUCUUUGGGCCUUCACCCAGGCUUUAAGGAAACUAUCUACUAUCUUUAAAUUUGAGGGCCAGGGAUCAACUGAAUCUACUUGUACACAAUGCUACUUCAUCCCGAGCAACACUUCUAGCCCACAAAGCUAGCUACACCCUCAGAACCUGGAAUACGCCAUUCCUCAAAUUUGGACCCGGUGGCUGCCGGAGGAUAGAGGUACUGAGACUUCAGGUCAGCAGGAGCUGUCACCCUGAACUGCCUUUGAAACUGCUCAGUUCCCUGAGCAUUACAUUUAAACAGGGAGUGAAUGAUGCCACACUAAGUCCUGGACUUAAGUGCUGUGCCCCAAAACAUGUCACUGGGUCUUCUGACCUCAGUUGGCCCAUCUGUCUAAAGGAUUAGGAGGGAGUUUACACUCAGUGUUUUUGGGUAUGGUGUCACUGUUGAAAGCCCAAAGACAGGUAGGGCUUCCAGGAGUUCUGAAGUAAGUUACUAAGAGCUGGGUUUCCUUUCAAUGCCAUCCACAAAAAGGUGCACCUGAACGUGCCCUGGCCCCACCUUCAACUCUCUUCCAAAGGGCACAUACAAGCACAGUACAGGACGAGCUUUGUGGGGAGAGGAACACCAGCAAGACUGGCGGGAGCAGAGAUUUCUGCGUCUCCAGUGCUGUUUUCUCAUUUGGGGCUUUGAAAUCCAAUAAGCCUCCACCUCCACACUCCCCAAACUGGGAACAAAAAAAUGAGAGUGGGCUCAGGUGGGAAAGGAGUUUUGACGCAGGGGAAUUGCUGAGGACAAAGCUGGAGUGCCCGGCCACUGGCACACCACACCACCCACACUACAGUCAAGACUGCAGAAGCAGUGGGGCCCUUGGAACCGCUGUGGCUAGAGAUCCUGUCACAGGUCCCUCUGUUCCCAAUCUCACCUCCCCCAAGAACCAAGAUAUAAAACUUUCUAACAG